GAACUCUUCAUUAAUCAACAACAUGGCGGCAGAAAACAAAUUUGUUGGAAGUAAAGACGAAAAAUUGUAUUUUCUGCACAAUGAAAUAGAAAAAUUAACAAACACUUGUUUGAAUAGAAAUAUAUCAUAUUUUCAAAUUAAAAAAUCCGCAAACCUUUUCCUCAGAUUUGAGAGGAAGAAGACUAUUUCCCCUAGAACAGUGUUGAAGACAUUGAUAUUUACUGCAGUUUUUGUAUGUUUGAUUGCGAUAGCAUUUCAUGCUGAACCCUCGAAGAGACUAGUUAAUUCUUACGGACGACAUGUAUUGAUUAAGGCUUUGCCAUUAUUUGACUGGACUUGCCUGCAUGGUGUGAAUUGUUUUAUACCAAACUAUUUUAAUGAAGGUGAUGACAGACCUCUAGAAGCAGAAGAUUGCCAGAACUGUUCUAGAAUCAUGAAGAUUGAUGUUCUGCUGGCACCUACAAUGGAAGAAAUAGCCAAUAGUUAUCUUUACAAAGAUAUUCCUGUUAUAGUGCAACAUUCAGGACAGGCACCUGACAAAGUAGAUAUAGAAGAUAUUAUAAAGUUAUAUCUAGACAAUGACGUAAUGAGACUGUUUACCAGUUGCAAUUUUGAAAGCAACGUCAAAGUAAAGAAGAAGGAUCAUAGAACAUUUCUAGAGGGGAUACGUAGCAAAGAUAUCUCACAGUAUUAUGCUCACUGGGAGAACUGUUUUAAAGAAGCGGCAAAGUUAUUCAGGAGUGUGUAUAAAAGACCAGAAUUUCUGCCCUUUUCUGUAGAACUGACUGCCUCAAACUGGAUCUUUUUGUGUUCAAACUACACAGAAAAUAAGAAUUUAUCGUUUCAGUUGCCUUAUGAAGAGCAGAUUAUAGUGCUUGUCCAGCUGUCCGGAAACUUAGACAUUUCAUUACGUCCUAGGGAGCCAUGCGGCGAGGAUUGUAAAUCUAUACAUGCCAGUAUUCCGGAGGGAGGUGCUUUGUUUGUGACAGAUUUCUUCUAUGACAUUGAAUAUGCAAGGUGUAACCAAGAAAAUAGUAUAACUGUUGGCCUUGGUGGGAAACUGGAUAUAUAAAGUCUUGCUGCAAGGAAUAACCUUUUGUUCGUGCAGAUGUAAGGACAGUCAAAGUGCCUGUGAUAUCAGUCGUCUUAAAUCAGCUAGACAGAAUGUGCAGACAUCAGUAAUGUCUUGUUGAACUGUGCAGUUAACCCUUACCUUGCUAAAUUUCUAUAAUGAAUUUGUCCCUCUUCCAAUUUGAACAGUACCAUUAACUGUUAAAAAGGGUUGCUUACCAAAAAGAUACUGACUGAAUGGCGAACAAUGCAGAUCAUGAUCAGACUUAAAACUUAAUGGGAUGAUUGCCUGAUGACCCCAGUUAUUUUGGUGAUCAGUAGGUAAAAGUGUAGGUUACAGCCACUUUGAGACCUGAAAAUGUUUUCUGCUCAAUAACAUGUGAACCCUACGGCCUAAUGCCUUCAAACCUUGUAGAGUGAUUGCUUAUUGUUUAAGAGAUCAGUACCUCAAAUGUCAAGGUUACUAUCACCUUGACACUUAAAAAAAACUUUUAAAAAUUCAGCUUAAUAACUAAAGAAUGUUUCGCCUUACAGUCAAGAAACUGGAUGACCCAUAUUGUGUUGGGGUCAGUAUGUCAAAAGGGCAAAGUCAUAGUGAUCUUUGGACAGAGAAUGGGACAGGCCAUCAUGAGGACACACCUGUUUUACAGCUCUUGUUUGAGGAUAAUUUGCUAUCUUUCCUCUUACAAAACAGUGUUUUGGGUAUUAAUGACAUUUAAUGGUAGCUUUAUUUUUCAUUGAGGUAAGUUCAAAAUCAUAAGAGAAGGAACAAAAUGUAACAGUCAUGUUUCAUGAUCAAAAUAUAAUGACAGUUUUUACUUUUACUAUAAGAAGUAUAUGAAGGGCUGUCCUACUCAGCAUGGCAUCGGCACCAGUUCCGUGUCCACUCCUUGGUUUUGAUGCGCCAGUAAACAGUUCUAUCAUAUUUUAUCUAAAUUUUACAGUAAGGCUAUAUACCAAUAAAAGAAAUUGUUCUUUGUUUCAUAUAAAAUUCAGCUACUUGAGAUCAGUUUUGAUACAUUUUCUAGAUUUUCACUCCGUCGUAGACAUAUUUUCCACAAGAUAUCCAUACAUUUGCUUCAAGAAAAUGGAAAGAAAAAGGGGUGUUGAAUAGUAUGCAGUGAAAUGCAAGUCAGCUGAAGUUAGGUUCCCUCAUAUUGCCGCAUUUCAGAAAGCGGUCCGCAGUAUAAACACCCUACUUUCGUUUUCAAGUAAACAACUCGAAAACAUGCGAAUAUAAGCAUGAAAAUUGUCUUAUUUAUGUAAAAUUCAUUCCACCAGUGAGAUAAUGCCCAUUUGGCUCCCGGUUAAUGAGCGAAUGCACAAAAAAUGGAAAAAUUAGGAUGUAUUUAUUACGGAUUUCUUUCGACUAUACCACGGAAGCACAUUUUUGACCGAAUUACUGCUAUAUUACCAUAAAAGAUAUAUCAGAAUCGGUUAUAUGUCAUCUGAAAUAAUUCCACAUUGGCUGUGCCCUCGUGAAAUUAUUAUGCCCGGCGUGUAACUGCCUAUCGUGUGUAAAUAGUGUUAAAACACAGUUUUGUUAUAAAUUAUUUUGUAAUUAAAGUUUUGAUGCACUUUCUUUCAACCUAUGUUAUUACUAACUGGAUUUGAUUAAAACUUAAUAUAGUUGUUCCACAUCAUCACUCGCAUUAUAUGUCAUAAGGUCUAUAAUAUUUUAAUGAAUUAUGUCCCAUUUUAACCUAUAAAGUUUGGUUAAUAUUGAUGCAUUUUCACUAUAUUUCUGGUCUUUUUUCUGAAGGGAUUUGAUUAAAACUUGAAAUAAUUGUUUCGCAUCAUCACCUGCAUCAUAUGAAAGAGGGGUCAUAACUCUCCCCAAAUAUUUCAUGAAUUAUUCCCACUUUUUACUUAAAAUUUUAGGGUGAAGUUUUGGUACACUUUCACUCAGUCUCUUUUUUUACUAAAUGGAUUUGAUUCAGGCUUAAAAUAGUUGUUCCAUAUCACCCACAUCAUUUGACACAAGGUACAUUACUCUUGCACAAAUAUUUCAUGAAUUAUGCCUUUUUACUUAGAAUUUCAGUUUAUUUGUUAUGCUUUUUCGUUAUAUCUCUGUAACAGUUGUAAAAAUGCAUUUAAUUUAAUUUUAAAUUGCUUUUUCCACAUCAUAAGACACAGGGUUCGUAACUCUGGCACCAAUAUUUUAUGAAUCAUGCCUCAGUUUUACAUAUAAUUUCUGGUUGAAAUUGUAACAUACUUUUGCUCUAUUAGGUAUUACUAAAAAGAUUUUAUUCAAACUUAAUAUAUUAGCCUCAUGAUAUGACAAAUGAUGCAUUACUUUUGCAGAAAUAUUCGAUGAAUUAUGUCCCUUUUAUACUUUUAAUAUAUUGAUACACUUUCACUCCAUCUCUGUUACUACUUAAAAUACACUCAGAGUUAAUCAUCACCCACAUUGGAGUUACUUAACACUCCAGUUAGAGCUUUCUCAGAUGCCCCCUGUUUCAUUACCAGCACAAAAAUAGUGUAUUGCGCAGUCUCCUGUGACAGCUCUUGUUUGUUUUAUUUUACUCGGACUUGUGCAUUGGUAUUUAUAUGUGAACUAUUAAAUAUACAUAUUUAGACAUUGUUUUGGUUAUAUGUAUGUUUAUAAAUGCAAUUUUUUAUAUAUAUUAUAUUUUAUAAAACUUC